UGCUUGCGCGUCUUCAUGAUUGGUAUCAGCAACUACAGGAUUGUUUCACUCAAAGCCCUUUAUUCACCUUCUCUUAUUCCGUCUCUCCAUGCUGCUGUCCGUGCCAGAAUUGGACCGCUGCUUGGCAUUGACAUCGACAGCAUCGAGCGUGAGAUGCUAGGCGGAGAAGAUGAAGACAUUCUGGAUACUAACCAGGACAAUGAAGGCCAUGAUACGUACAACGCGGGAGCCGCUGCCAGUGGAGCCAUCGACAAUAGCGAUUUAGUUGAUGGUACAGGGUUGGAGGAGAAUCUAGGUAACAGCGGUGAUGCAGACCAGGAUUACGAGCCUGAGGAUAGCGAGGGGCCUGAUACUACCCCGGAUAGCCAAGUUCUUGCUGAAGACGACUCCGGCUUUGGAGACAAUGGCAAGCCCGCCGUUUUCACUGCAGGAAAAUUUUGGAACUUUGUUGAUACCUCGCUCGAGAACAUUCGCAAAGUUGCCAAGCAGGAGGCAGCGAACAAUCAUCAAGGAACCAUUCCCCUUCAUACAUCAAUUGAAACCACGUUUCGGCAAAUGCUUGUAGAAUAUUUUCAGGAGGACCUCGCUGAUUUUCCCGGCAACAUGUCCGUUCCUAAGCUCCUCACCAAUAAUAGCCCCCAGUGGCAGACCACCAUUCAGAACAAGCUCCUGUGGAAUCAGGAUCUGUGA